GUGCUAGAGUGAAAGGUGCCAAGAUGGAAUCUUAGGUACAUUGGGGUGUUUAGUGUCAGAAAGGACUAAACACUUGCUCAGUGCAGGAGAACUUGUGUGAACAGAAGACAUGGGUUUAACCAAAGGCUUGGGGAUGAGGGGAAAUGAUUCAGGGUCCUGUCAUCUCCAGCAUCUAGAUCCCGUCACCCCCUACCACCAGAUUUUAUUUCCACACUGGGCUGUAUUAUUCUGUCUCUAGGACCUAGUAUGUGACCCUUGGCAAGUUACUUGGCCUCAUGAGCUCAGGUUUUCUCAUUUGUCUGGCAGGGACUCCAAACCCUGCCUUGCAGGGUCAAGGCCACUGAGGAGAUGAAAUGUGAUAACACUGGGAGAGGUAGCUUAGGUUUCAGAGUCAGCAGAUGCUGGUCUGGUCCCAGCUCUGCCACUCCCUCUCUGGGAAUCUUGGUGAAAUCACCAAAUAUUCUCUGAGUAUAUUUUUUUCCUCCAGUGUAAGUUGAGUAUUAUGAUAGCUCUCCAGACUCCACAGGGGUGCCCUGAGGACAGUGAGACAAGGCUCAUAAAGUGCUUAGUGUGUCUUCUGGCACAGAGAGAAUUCAUAAUAAAUGUUUACCAUUAUUAACUUAUUUAAGGGAUUCCACAUGCAGAUGAGGCUUGGGAAAUGUGUGUUUUUUUCUUUCUUCAACUUUUUUUAUUGGCCUGGGUCAGUUUUCCCCUCCCAAAGCUGGGAGGCAGUGUUGGGCUUUGUAAAAUUUUCCUCUCUGAGCUCCUCUGGGGACUGGGUUCUCAGCAAGGUACCUCUCCUGCCAUCAUGCCGCCCUGAUGGAUGUCCAAGCCUCAUUUCCCACCUGUAUUCUCCCCUUCCCCCCCGCCGUCCCUGGGCUUAAGGGAGAGGAGAAUGGCUGCUUGUUGUUGUCUACCUACUCUGUGCCAGGCUCUAUGGUCUGUUUUAUUUCUCAUCUCAACAACCCCAUGGGGAAGAUGUCCAGCUCGCCGCUGUCCAAGAAACGUCGCGUGUCCGGGCCUGAUCCAAAGCCGGGUUCUAACUGCUCCCCUGCCCAGUCUGUGUUGUCGGAAGUGCCCUUGGUACCAACCAACGGAAUGGCGAAGAACGGCAGUGAAGCAGACAUAGAUGAGGGCCUUUACUCCCGGCAGCUGUAUGUGUUGGGCCAUGAGGCAAUGAAGCGGCUUCAGACAUCCAGUGUACUAGUGUCAGGCCUUCGGGGUCUGGGCGUGGAGAUCGCUAAGAACAUCAUCCUUGGUGGGGUCAAGGCUGUCACCCUACAUGACCAGGGCACUGCCCAGUGGGCUGACCUCUCCUCCCAGUUCUACCUGCGGGAGGAGGACAUCGGUAAAAACCGAGCUGAGGUAUCACAGCCCCGCCUUGCUGAGCUCAACAGCUACGUGCCUGUCACUGCCUACACUGGGCCCCUUGUUGAUGACUUCCUUAGUGGCUUCCAGGUGGUAGUCCUCACCAACACCCCCCUGGAGGACCAGCUGCGAGUGGGUGAGUUCUGUCACAGCCAUGGCAUCAAGCUGGUGGUGGCAGACACGCGGGGCCUGUUUGGGCAGCUCUUUUGUGAUUUUGGCAAGGAAAUGAUCCUCACAGAUUCCAAUGGGGAGCAGCCACUCAGUGCUAUGAUUUCUAUGAUUACCAAGGACAACCCUGGUGUGGUUACCUGCCUGGACGAGGCCCGACACGGGUUUGAGAGUGGCGACUUUGUCUCCUUUUCUGAAGUACAGGGAAUGAUCGAACUUAAUGGAAAUCAGCCCAUAGAGAUUAAAGUCCUGGGUCCGUACACCUUUAGCAUCUGUGACACCUCCAAUUUCUCCGACUAUAUCCGUGGUGGCAUCGUCAGUCAGGUCAAAGUACCUAAGAAGAUUAGUUUUAAAUCCUUGGUGGCCUCAUUGGCAGAACCUGAUUUUGUGAUGACAGACUUCGCCAAGUUUUCUCGCCCUGCUCAGCUGCACAUUGGCUUCCAGGCCCUGCACCAGUUCUGUGCUCAGCACAGCCGGCCACCUCGUCCCCGAAAUGAGGAGGAUGCAACAGAACUGGUGGCUCUGGCACGGAACAUGAAUGCUUGCACCCUGCCAGCAGUGCAGCAAGACAGCCUAGAUGAGGACCUCAUCAGGAAGCUGGCAUAUGUGGCUGCUGGGGAUCUGGCACCCAUAAAUGCCUUCAUUGGGGGCCUGGCUGCCCAGGAGGUCAUGAAGGCCUGCUCUGGGAAGUUUAUGCCUAUCAUGCAGUGGCUAUACUUUGAUGCCCUUGAGUGUCUCCCCGAGGACAAAGGGGCCCUCAUGGAGGACAAGUGCCUCCCGCGUCAGAACCGUUAUGAUGGGCAGGUGGCUGUAUUUGGCUCAGACCUGCAAGAGAAGCUGGGCAAGCAGAAGUACUUCCUGGUGGGUGCAGGUGCCAUUGGCUGUGAGCUGCUCAAGAACUUUGCCAUGAUUGGGCUAGGCUGUGGGGAGGGCGGAGAGAUUAUUGUCACAGACAUGGACACUAUUGAGAAGUCAAAUCUGAACCGGCAGUUUCUGUUCCGGCCCUGGGACGUGACGAAGUUAAAGUCUGACACGGCUGCUGCAGCUGUGCGUCACAUGAAUCCACACAUCCGGGUAACAAGCCAUCAGAACCGGGUGGGUCCUGAUACAGAGCGCAUUUAUGAUGACGAUUUCUUCCAAAAUCUGGAUGGCGUGGCCAAUGCCCUGGACAAUGUGGAUGCCCGAAUGUACAUGGACCGUCGCUGCGUGUACUACCGGAAGCCACUGCUAGAGUCAGGCACACUGGGCACCAAGGGCAAUGUGCAGGUGGUGAUCCCCUUCCUGACAGAGUCAUACAGCUCCAGCCAGGACCCACCUGAGAAGUCCAUCCCCAUCUGUACCCUGAAGAACUUCCCUAAUGCUAUCGAGCAUACCCUACAGUGGGCUCGGGAUGAAUUUGAAGGCCUCUUCAAGCAGCCAGCGGAAAAUGUCAAUCAGUACCUCACAGACCUCAAGUUUGUGGAACGGACAUUACGGCUGGCAGGUACCCAGCCAUUGGAGGUGCUGGAGGCUGUGCAGCGCAGCCUGGUGCUGCAACGACCACAGACCUGGGCUGACUGUGUGACUUGGGCCUGCCACCACUGGCACACCCAGUACUCUAACAACAUCCGGCAGCUGCUGCACAAUUUCCCUCCUGACCAGCUUACAAGCUCUGGAGCCCCAUUUUGGUCUGGGCCCAAACGAUGUCCACACCCUCUCACUUUUGAUGUCAACAACCCCCUGCAUCUGGACUAUGUGAUGGCUGCUGCCAACCUGUUUGCCCAGACCUAUGGACUGACAGGCUCUCAGGACCGAGCUGCUGUUGUCACACUCCUGCAGUCUGUGCAGGUCCCUGAGUUCACCCCCAAGUCUGGUGUCAAGAUCCAUGUUUCUGACCAGGAGCUGCAGAGUGCCAAUGCUUCUGUUGAUGACAGCCGUCUAGAGGAGCUCAAAACCACACUGCCUAGUCCAGACAAGCUCCCUGGAUUCAAGAUGUAUCCCAUCGACUUUGAGAAGGAUGAUGAUAGCAACUUCCAUAUGGAUUUUAUUGUGGCUGCAUCCAACCUCCGGGCAGAAAACUAUGACAUUCCCCCUGCGGACCGGCACAAGAGUAAGCUGAUUGCAGGGAAGAUCAUCCCAGCCAUUGCCACGACCACAGCAGCUGUGGUUGGCCUUGUGUGUCUGGAGCUGUACAAGGUAGUGCAGGGGCACCGACAGCUUGACUCCUACAAGAAUGGUUUCCUCAACUUGGCCCUGCCCUUCUUCGGUUUCUCUGAACCCCUUGCUGCACCACGUCACCAGUACUAUAACCAGGAGUGGACAUUGUGGGAUCGCUUUGAGGUACAGGGACUACAGCCUAAUGGUGAAGAGAUGACCCUGAAACAGUUCCUUGACUACUUUAAGACAGAGCACAAAUUAGAGAUCACUAUGCUGUCCCAGGGUGUAUCCAUGCUCUAUUCUUUCUUCAUGCCAGCCGCCAAGCUUAAGGAACGGUUGGAUCAACCGAUGACAGAGAUUGUAAGCCGUGUGUCGAAGCGAAAGCUGGGCCGCCAUGUGCGGGCGCUGGUGCUUGAGCUGUGCUGCAACGACGAGACCGGCGAGGAUGUUGAGGUUCCCUAUGUACGAUAUACCAUCCGCUGACCCCCAUCUGCUCCUCUAGGCUGGCCCCAGUCCAUCCCUCUCCAGACCCCUUCCAACCCAGGGCUCCUGUUUGGUUGCUGGCAGUGGCCCAGCUAGCCAAGCUUGGUGUUCCCUUGUCAUACCCCUACCUGAACCCAUCCAGCCGCUGCUUUUUACCUUGUUUGGAACCUGAAUCCUAAUAAAGAAUUAUAAACUC